AUGAAGGACAUCUCCUCCACGUCGGUAUACGCCAAGCAGCUGGUGAGCACCGAAAAGCCGGGCGUUCUGAUGCCCGAGUCCAUGCUGGCUAAUGAAUUUUACGAGAAGAGCAUGGCCAUGAUGCUGUACACAUCCGAUGCGACCAACACUUGCAAGCCGGUGAUGCUCACCCAUCGCAAUGUCGAUGCCCAGAUCCGAUGCCUGAUCGACACCUGGCGCCUGGGGCCCAACGACACCUUGCUGCCCGUUCUGCCAAUGGUGCGCCAGCACAUGGCCAUUGCGGCGGUGCUUCAAGUCGGCGGCAAUGUCGUACUCCAGCAGGGCUUCAACGCCAGCAGCGUCUGGGACGCCCUGCUGGGCGUCAAAAUGUCGACCAAGAAGCGCUGCACCUGCUUCUUGGCCAUGCCCAUCGUGUACAAGCAAAUGAUUGCCGAAUACAACAAAAUGUUCGUCCAGGACACGGUCAUGGUCGAGUACAUUAGGAAUCACUGCAGCGAGAAGAUGCGUCUAAUGGCCACGGCCUUUGCCAUCUUGCCGGAUUCGGUGUUCAAUGGCUGGCGCGACAUCACCGGGCAUCACAUUCUGGAGUACUACGGCAUGCUGGCGACGGGCUUCGUCCUGGGCCAUGCCAUCGAGGAGGGGCCAAAGGUGCUGCCCAAAUUGGUUCCCCAAAAACGUCUGCCCAAGCCACCACCCAGAUCUUUUCCACCCAACUACAAGCCGGGCACCCUGGGCUCCCCUCUCCUGGGGGUCACUGCCCGGCUGGUGAGUCCAACGGGCAAGGAGAUCAUUAAGUGCCACAACCAUGUCGGUGGGCCCAUGAAAAUGGGGGGGGCCGUGCGUCAGGCCCCUAACAGUCCUGCAGAUCCUUUUGAUCCCACCAAAACGGCUGCCAAUGGAGAGCUCGAGAUCGCCUUCACGGUCACGGGAGAGGAGGAGAAAUUCAUACCCACCGGCGACAUAUGCGCCUAUUACAACGACAACUUUUACUUUAUUAGCCAGGCGUGUGAUAUGAUAACACUCGGCGGUCUCAAGGUGAACGCCUCCGAGGUGAAGAAGGUGCUGCUCUCGCAUCCGAAAAUCAACGACGUGUCCGUACUGGCCAUCCCGAAUAUGGUGUGGGGCCAUCGACUCUUUGCCAUUUGCGCUGUCUCGCCCGAUGCCGCCCUUGAGGUGGAGACCAUCGAGACAUAUUGCGAGAAACAAUUGCCGGACUUCAAGUGUCCCUACAUCGUAAAGGUGGUCGUCGCCAAGUAG